CAAAGUAUCGUUUGUAUUAGGCUGAGCACGCUCUUCCAUACCACUUUCACACUCACAACACAUAGAGAGAGAAGAAAAAGAAACCUUUUUGCCUUUCACAUUCACUCAUCUCUCUAAGAUCACUUUACUCUGAUUUAGGGUUUCUCUCAUAAACACGAGGAGACAAUCAAUCCGCGAUGAACAUUUUCAGGAAGAAGACUACUCCCAAAGAUGCUCUUCGCACCAGUAAGAGAGAAAUGUCUGUGGCUACAAGAGGUAUCGAACGAGAGAUUUCAUCUCUUCAGAUGGAGGAGAAGAGACUAGUUGCUGAGAUCAAGAAAACUGCUAAAACUGGAAACGAGGCGGCGACGAAAAUUUUAGCACGUCAACUUGUUAGAUUGAGGCAACAGAUUACAAACUUACAGGGAAGCCGUGCUCAGAUUAGGGGUGUAACCACUCACACACAGGCUCUGUAUGCGAGCACUUCGAUUUCUUCUGGUAUGAAAGGUGCAACCAAAGCUAUGGUUGCUAUGAACAAGCAAAUGGCACCAACCAAGCAAGCCAAAGUGAUUAAGGACUUCCAGAAACAGUCUGCACAACUAGACAUGACGAUAGAGAUGAUGUCAGAGGCAAUUGAUGAAACACUUGACAAAGAUGAGGCGGAAGAAGAAACAGAAGACCUCACUAACCAAGUUCUUGAUGAGAUUGGUGUUGGAGUUGCAUCUCAGUUAUCUUCAGCUCCAAAAGGUCGGAUCGCUACAAAAACUGCAGCUCCUCCUGCUACCACUGCCAACAGCAACAGCUCUGAAUCAAGUGAAGUGGAUGAGCUUGAAAAGAGGUUGGCUUCACUGCGAAGAAUCUGAGAGUCAGCUUUUUUUAUGCAUGCUUCUGUAUGAUUAAAUAAAAAAAAUAACAGCUUCCCUUUUUUUUCUUUCUCUUUUGCUUGUUGUGAUCUCUGUAUAAAUCUGCUGAAACUUAUUAUGGAGGAAGCUUAAUUGACCCUUUCCCAUGCAAAA